AUGGGAAACACAAAGCACGUCAGCUUGAAUCUUGGAGCAAACGAAGAGAUAAUCUACUUUGAUGUGCUUCAUACGAGAACGGAAGACUGGCUUAGCACGGAGAUCAGUAGCUCCUUGAUCGUCCAGUCCGAGCCCCAGGCAGCUCCUGCUAGGGGCAGGGGACGUGGCCAUGCUAGGGGCCGAGGUAGGGGCAGAGCCCAGCCACCAGUAGCAACACCAGUGGCGGAGCAUCAGGUUGACCUUGGCGAGGAGGUUCCGGCCCCAGCCCAGACUGUUCCGGCGGGCCCGGCUCAGGCUGUUAGGAAUGAGAAGGAUCUGGAAAGCAUAAAUGUGCCACUUAAAUACCGGAGCAUGAACUCUUUCUGGAAGUAUUACUCAGGAGAGAAAGUAGCACCAUUUCCAACUAUAUUUAUUGGAGGAAACCAUGAAGCAUCCAAUUACCUUUGGGAAUUGUACUAUGGAGGAUGGGCAGCACCUCAGAUAUACUUCCUCGGAUUUGCUGGAGUAAUCAAAUUUGGCAACAUUCGUAUUGGUGGCCUUUCCGGAAUUUAUAAAUCACACGAUUACAAUCGGGGGCACUAUGAGAAGCUGCCUUAUAAUCAACGGGAUAUUCGAUCUAUAUAUCAUGUUCGUGAGUAUGAUGUUCACAAGCUCUUGCAAGUUGAGGAACCAAUUGAUAUCUUUCUUUCACAUGAUUGGCCUGUUGGCAUCACUGACUGUGGGAACUUGAAAGCUCUUCUUCGUCAGAAGCCUUUCUUUGAGCAAGAGAUUCAGGAAGGAACUCUGGGAAGCAGACCUGCUGCAGAAUUACUGGCAAAGUUGAGGCCUUCUUACUGGUUUUCUGCACAUCUGCACUGCAAAUUUGCUGCUUUAGUUCAGCAUGAGAAGGAUGGUCCUUCCACAAAGUUUCUUGCCCUCGACAAGUGCCUCCCUGGUAGAAAGUUUUUGCAGGUUAUUGAAAUUGAGUCCGGACCAGGACCUCAUGAACUUCAAUUUGAUGAAGAAUGGUUGGCAAUCACAAGAAAGUAUAAUGCUGUCUUGCCCUUGACAACCAGGAGUGCGAACUAUAGUGAUGUACAUCUUGACACGGAACAAUGCCACGAGUUUGUAAGAAAUAAGCUGCAGACAAGAGGAUCCAAACCGUUUGAAUUUGUUCAGACUGCACCAUGCUACAAUCCUUCUCACCCUGUUGCUAAUGGUGUCUUCCACGGUUGCUAUAAAAACCCUCAGACAGAAGCUCUAUUACAGUUUCUAGAACUCGACUAUCUUCUUAAUAAAAUGCCAGAAUCAAAGGGAGCCUGAUGCAGGUUCCUUUGAUUACCAUAUACCCAUAGACGAGAGUGAAGAUACACCCAUAGAUGAUGUGGAUGUGGAUGUGGAUGAUAUCAAAAAAAGUGGACACGGAAGAUGCUUGAGAAGGAUUCAUCUAAAGCUCAGAUCACCACCUAAUCUAAAGCUUAAAGGUGGAUUGCCGCUAUAAAGGGUAAACGAAAACUGCAGUUUUAAUGGGCAGCUUCACUUCACAAAAUUGUUUUGACAUUUGAAACGGUGCCCCUUCUCAUUAUUCUUGGCCAUUUAGACGGUGGUACCUAGUACUUUUGCUCUCACCUCACUAAGCAAAACCUUCGAGAAAAAGGUUAGGUGGUGAUUAAGUCUUCGAGAAAAUAACAAGCAAAAAUUUAAUAAAGUUGAAAUGAUGGCCUCCACGAUCAAUGUGGAGCAAUAGAAUCAGCUUGAACAAGCUUGUCAGCUGCUAGUCGGUAUCUGCAUGGGCAUGCGGCUAAGGAGUGAAUUAUAUGUAAAUAUAAUUCAGUAAGAUUCUUGACCUGU